GUCACAGAGUGCCUGACUGCUGAACUGGAUUUUCUUGCAAUGAACUUUACAAAGCACAAGUUAGCAUGCAUUCGUCAACUUUCAACAGUGCAUUUGGCAGAAAAAUAUGAUGCUGUUAUUGUUGGGGCAGGGCACAACGGCUUAGUAUGUGGCGCCUACCUGGCAAGAGCGGGCAAGAAAGUGUGCAUUCUUGAGCGUCGCCACAUCGUCGGAGGCGCCGCCGUUACGGAAGAAAUUAUCCCGGGAUUCAAGUUCUCUCGUGCUUCAUAUGUGCUCGGCCUGCUCAGACCACACAUCGUGAAGGACCUGGAGCUUGCGAAAUACGGCUUGGAGGUGCGAUUGCGCGACCCUCAUUCGUACACGCCGCUGCUGGAAAACUACUGGCAAGAUGGGAAAGGGAAGUCGCUGAUGCUGGGCUCAAGUAUAGAACAGAACUCACAGCAGAUUGCGCAGUUCUCGACAAAAGAUGCAGCGAAAUAUCCUGAAUACGAGGCAAUGUUGGGAAAAUUUGCGGAUGCUAUCGCUCCCCUGCUUGACACUCCGGCUCCGCAUUUGGGCAGCCUGGCGGGCGCUUCUCUGAUGGAUAAACUCAGAGCUUUGCCCGCCCUUAAACCCAUCUUGAAAACAGGAGGCUUGCUGGGGCCGGACCUCCCUCUCUUCCAGGAGCUGCUGACAGCCCCCACGUCGCGGGUCCUGGAUCACUGGUUCGAGUCUGAGCCUCUGAAGGCGACGCUCGCCACGGACAGCGUCAUAGGAGCGUUCAUCAGCCCCAGCACCCCUGGUAGUGGGUACGUAUUGCUGCACCACGCUAUGGCCGAGACGGGGGGCGUGAAGGGGGCUUGGGGCAACCCUGUGGGGGGCAUGGGCGCCGUCACCAGCGCCAUGGCCCGCAGCGCCCAGGCCAGCGGCGCUCAUAUUUUUACAAAUAUGACAGUGAAACGCGUGUUGCUGAACAAUGCCGGAGCUGCUGAAGGUGUGGAGACUGAAUGUGGGAAGCGCGUGCAAGCCACCUCCGUCCUCUGCAGCUGCACGCCGCACACUGCGCUCCUCAGCCUCCUCCCGCCAGGCGUCCUGCCUGAACCUUACGAGGACAACAUCAGAGCCACCGACUACACCUCACCGGUCUGCAAAAUCAACGUUGCACUGAAGAGCCUGCCGAAUUUCAAAGCAAAUCCGAACUCGUCGGAGCGGCAAGCCGCACGUCACCUCGGCAGCACCAUACACCUCAACUGCGAGCGCUCGGACAUGAUAGAGACAGCGUACCAGCGGUGCCUUCACAACCUCGUACCUGACCGACCUUUGCUGGAGAUGACGAUUCCCAGCAGUCUGGACCCAACCAUCGCGCCGGCAGGGUGUCACGUGGCGCUCUUCUUCACGCAGUAUCUGCCUUACGCGCCUCAAGAUGGACCUUGGGACCAACAGUCCAAAGACCGUUACGCUAAACAGGUGUUCAGCAAUGUGGACGAGUACGCCCCAGGCUUCAGCGACAGCGUCGUGGGCUACGAGGUUCUCACGCCGCCCGACCUCGAGAACAUUUUCGCCCUCCGCGGUGGCAACAUUUUCCACGGAUCGAUGUCUCUGGAUCGAUUGUUCUGGUCCCGCCCGAGCCCUCUAAUGCCUGGACCCCGCACUCCCGUGCCUGGGUUGCUGUUGUGCGGGGCGGGGAGCCACCCUGGGGGCGGCGUUAUGGGCUCACCAGGCUACAUCGCAGCCCAGGUGCUGCUGGCCGACAGAAAUAGGAAGUAACAAGACGGAAGAUUGUGAACUGGGCGGUAAAAACAGGAAGCAGUGAGACUGUUGAUUGUGAACUGGACGGUAAAAACAGGAAGCAGUGAGUCUGUUGAUUGUGAACUGGACGGUAAAAACAGGAAGCAGUGAGUCUGUUGAUUGUGAACUGGACGGUCAAAACAGGAAGCAGUGAGUCUGUUGAUUGUGAACUGGACGGUAAAAACUAAAAACUGGGAGCAGUGAGGCUGUUGAUUGUAAACUGGACGGUAAAAACUGGGAGCAGAGAGGCUGUUGAUUGUGAACUGGACGGUAAAAACUGGGAGCAGUGAGGCUGUUGAUUGUAAACUGGACGGUAAAAACUGGGAGCAGUGAGGCUGUUGAUUGUGAACUGGACGGUGAAAACAGGAAGCAGUGAGGCUGUUGAUUGUGAACUGGACGGUGAAAACAGGAAGCAGUGAGGCUGUUGAUUGUGAACUGGACGGUGAAAAUAGGAAGCAGUGAGGCUGUUGAUUGUGAACUGGACGGUGAAAACUGGGAGCAGUGAGGCUGUUGAUUGUAAACUGGACGGUAAAAACUGGGAGCAGAGAGGCUGUUGAUUGUGAACUGGACGGUAAAAACUGGGAGCAGUGAGGCUGUUGAUUGUGAACUGGACGGUAAAAACUGGGAGCAGUGAGGCUGUUGAUUGUGAACUGGACGGUAAAAACUGGGAGCAGUGUGGCGGUUGAUUGUGAACUGGCCGUAACAUACGUAGCUAAACGGAUAGUUGUGAAUUAGCCGAUAAAAACAGGAAGUAUCUCAUAGUAACUACUGCUGGAAGUAUCUCAUAGUAGGAAGUAUCUCAUAGUAACUUCCAGGAGCUGCCAUAUGAACUCAAGUGACUUAUAAGGUGAUUUCUUUUAUCUAUAAACUGUAAUUCAAACACGUGUUAUAACCUCAUGUCAUCUACAUACUACUUUUGAACUUCGUGUCUGUGAUACUUGGUGCCUCUCUAUUUAACAUAAAAGAUUAUACGUAUCUAUAUUUGAAGUAAACAAUUGUUAUCAUUCCGUAAUUUAUGAACUGAAGGUGUUCGGUGACACCUUUGCCGCAAUGUGAGAUCUUCUAUGAUAUUAUAGUAGGCAGUAUGUCAAUGCUCAACUUGUUCCAAAAUAGAUAUUGUUUAUUGUACUAUAGUUAUACUCUCGGCGCAGACCUCAGGUGAAGCGGGUACGGACUUGUGUGGGUGGUGUUCCGUGUGGAACUUGGUGCUCUCUUGCUCAAAUAUUUGCUCAUUUUUUUAUAUUUUUGGUUCUGGGUGUUUUGCAAUAUAAGUUACUUUAAUUUUAUACUAACUAUUGUUUCUUGCAUGUUCUAGCUCUCUAUUCUUGAAAAUGUAUAAUCAUAUAAUGCGUUCUUAUCCUGGACUAUUGUUUCCACUGUAACUGACAUGCUUUGUACACAUACUAACUAGAUAAUAUAGCGAAAUGCACGGAGAUUUAGUUUAAGAUUACAUGUAUGGCAAUAAACAUACAAGGUUUUAAAUGAAACGCCUCUAUUUAAGAAUUUCUAAUAAAGGUUUCUGAACGAA